GACGGCUUCGACCUCCAAUUCGGCACCAACGUUAUUGGUCACUUCCUCUUCACCGAGCUGCUCAUGCCCGCGCUCCUCGCCGGCGCGCAGAGCUCGCCUGACCACCACGCACGCGUCAUUAUGACCUCCUCCUCCGGCGCGAUGCUCGGCGGGAUUGACCUCGACUCCGUCCGCGACGGUCCAGCCCGG